AGGUCUGGAGCCUGGGCACGGGCAGCAGCCCUCUGUGCAGACGCUGCCAAGGCCACACACAUGCCCACUUCCCUUUUUGGCAGAAAACAGCUUGGCCAGGGCAGGUGCCUGGGGUUUGGCAGCACCGAGGAGCUGCUGGUGGCGCUUUAGCUGAUGGUUUCAAGAUGAGUCAGUGGGAGUCAAAGUCAGGCUGGCAUCCUGUUUUCAACCAGGCUGUGGGUGGCAGAUGGGACGCACCUUGGCGAGUCUGAGGGCAGGGCGCUGCUUGCACCCAUCCCAGCACAGGCAGGGCAUUCGAACCCCUAGCACAAGCACCUGGGCAAGGCACCGUCUCCUUCCCAGCACCCGCCAGGAGGGAAUCGCCCAUGGCCCUGUCGUGGCUACAGGCAGUGCCAGUGGCAGUGCCAGGCUGAGGCUGUGGGGCUGAUGCCCCCCUCCAUCCCUGCAAGCUCUGCCACAGGCAGCAGCAGACGCCGAAGUGCCUGGUUCCAGUCUGAGCCGAAUGAGCAUCUCGCUGUUCAGCUGCUCCUGGGUGAUUUUGGAGGGAGCUGCAUGUGCCAGGGGUAGGCAGCCAGACCCAACAAUCCUGCUUUCAAUAAUAAUGGUAAUAAUAACAACAGCAUCAGCAACCAUAAUGUAUUAGUGGUCUCAGCAAAAGAGUUUUUGUGGGAUGUGCUUUGACACAAAGCUGCCAGCUAGCAGAGCUGCCCCAUGGGCUCAGCACAGCCCCACUGGGCAGCUUUACCCCCUGCAUGGCCAUGGCUCCGGCAGGCAGCUGCGCAGGCAGGAGUGCCGUGGGCAGAGCAGCCUGCUGGGGUUCAGGACCCUGCCUCCAUCCUGCCUCACAGGGCUGGGUGCCAAAGGACAGGGUGGGGUGGCAGGGCUCAGCAUGGGUCGGGGAUCUCUACCCGCUGUCCCCUCCUCCAUGCCACCCCAUGCCGCCUCCCGGUGCCCUGGCACCCCUCUGCCAUUGGGGCAGAAACCCAGGAACCUGGCUGGGGAAGUUGCCCCCGGUCCCCACUGGCUUGGGAGGGGACCCUUCCACACCAUGGGGAAUGCUGGAGAGCCAUGGAGCAGUGCAGGAACACGAGGCUAUCCCACAAACUUCAGACCAGGGACAGGUACCUUGGAAAACCACAGCCCAGCUGGGGCAUCGGGGCUUUGGCUGGCAGCUGGGAUGGGAGAGGUGUUGGGCAGAAAGGAGCCAUGAUUUGGCGUGUUUCAAACCUGGCACCUGGGAAACCCCUUUGGGGAACUGAAAUUCCAUACGGGGCCACAUGCACCUUCUCCAAGGAGCUGCAGCCUGGCUGGAGAGUGGGAGGGAAGCACAAGGGGAUAGGGCAUGGUGCGCAGGCACAGAGCUAUGAGCAGCACCUGCACCGGGAGCCUUUCCCAGGGGUGCCAGGGCACUGCUGUGGGGCAUGCACUGAGCAACAGUGUCCCACCCUGGCAUGGGGCAUGCACCCAGCCAUGGGCAGCACCCAGCCGUGGGGCAGUCACAGGGCAUGCACAAGCCACGGGCACCUACCCAGCCACAAGACACCCACCCAGCCAUGGGGCACCUACCCAGCUGUGAGGCACCCACCCAGUACCCACCCAGCCAUGGAGCACCCACCUGGCCAUGGGCAUGCACUCGCUCCGAGGGCACACACCCAGCCAUGGGUCACAUCACUGCCCACGCGGCACAGGGGAAGUGCUGGGAGUGGGCUGUGCCAGCUGCCACACACAGCAGGAAGGACCUGCUGUGGGGCCGGGACGAGGCAAAACCACAGAAAAGAGGAAGCCCUUGAGUGCCCCAGCCCAGCGCUGGCAGCUGCCCGGGCAGACACACGCAGGCACCUCGCACGUCACCACGCCGGACCUUCCCUGGUGUCAGCUCUGUCACCCGAGAAGGUGACAGCCAGCCCGGCAGCAUGCCCCGGGCAUCGCCGCUGCCACGGCCACUGUGGGGCUGGCCCGGCGUGAAGGCAGUGGUUACCACCGGGGUGUUUGUAACCACCCUCUGGAACCUGAGGUGCUUCCUCAACCCCUCUGAGGUCUCUGGAGAAGCCCCCAAGCAUACUGAGCCACUGGUGGUCCUGGUGUGGGACUGGCCCUCGAAGCAGGUCCCCAAUGUCAGUGGGGACAUUUGCCAUGAGCUAUAUGGCAUCACGGGCUGCUGGCUCACCACAGAGCGGCGGCUCCUGGACCAGGCGGAUGUGGUGGUGUUCCCCCACACCAGGCUCCAGCCCGGGAGGGACAGGCUGCCCAAGGAGAGGCCGCCGGGGCAGAACUGGGUGUGGGUCUCCCUGGAGUCCCCCUCCAACACUAAAGCUCUAGCGGGAUGGAACCAGACCUUCAACUGGGUGAUGACCUACAGACGGGACUCAGACAUCUUCAUCCCCUACGGCAAGCUUGUGCCCAACCGGUCGGCCACUGUGAACAUCCCCACAAAGACCAACUUGGUGUCAUGGGUUAUCAGCAACUACCACAGGACUCAGAAAAGAGCUGAAGUCUACCGAAACAUCUCCAGGUACCUCCACGUAAACAUAUACGGAAAAGCAAACAAAAAGCCACUUUGCAAGGACUGCCUCUUGCCAACAACAUCCAAGUCCAAGUUCUACCUGGCCUUUGAGAACUCCAUCCACCAGGACUACAUCACCGAGAAGCUCUGGAGGAACUCACUGAUGGCCAGCACCGUGCCUGUGGUGCUAGGGCCUCCCCGGGCCAACUACGAGCAGUUCAUUCCUGCAGACUCCUUCAUUCACGUUGAUGACUUUGGUUCCCUGGCAGAGCUGGCUACCUUCCUAAAGACCAUGAACUCCAGCCGCUACCGGCAGUUCUUCGCCUGGCAGAAGAGGUACAGCGUGAAGCUCUACACUGACUGGAGGGAGCGCAUCUGCACCAUCUGCACUGCCUACCCCAGCCUGCCCCGUGGCCAUGUCUAUCCCAACCUGGAGAGCUGGUUCAACACCUAGCGUGGGGCUGGUAUGUGCUGGGACCAUCGAGGAUGCAUCUGGGCAGAGGAUACUGGGGUGGGGAGAAUGUAGGGCACCCUCUGACAGAACAGGAUGUGGAGCAGGGAGGGAUGCAGGAGCCCCGACCUCUCCUCCCAGCCUGGCUGUUGCCACACUGGGACCUUGAGCAACUCCACGUGACUUCAUUUCUUGCAAAACAGAACUAAUUCCCCCCAGAUCUGACACUGACCUACCUCGCCAGGGUGCUGGCAGGACAAGGGUGCUUUGGAAAUAAAUAACACAGUGUUGCA